CUUCAAAAGCCACAGCGACCAAAGUGAGUGCAGCACCCGCGACGCGCGCGCUGGCUAACUUGGCCACACCGGUCAAGUCUGCUAGCAGGCGAGUGCAUGCUCAGCCCGCAAGGUCGCCGACCGCCGCUCCUGCCCCACUUCAAACAGCAAAAGCGGGGCCUGGUAGGAGCCGCGCAAAGCAGAAGAGGGGCAUGAACGCCACCAAGCAGGCGCAGACCCCCCAGCCACGUCCACUACCCCCCGCCCCGUCCAACAUGAACGAGGCGUGGACGACUGUGGUGAGGCGGGGUGGAAGGAAAGCGCAAGCCUCACUUGACCCUCGGCUCGUCCCUGCGGCCGCCGCUCCCCAGGCUAUGGGUCGAACGGUAGCUGGGACUAAGAAGAAGGGGCGGAAGCCAAGGAAACCGCGCGCCCCACGGUCGGCGGCAGUCGUUUUAGAGCUGCUGCCGGCUGCGAAGGAAAAAGGCCUCACUUACGGGGAGGUGAUGGCCCAGGCGCGCUGUAGCGUAGAUAUAGACGCUAUAGGCGUAGAGGGUGGCAUCCGAGUCCGGCACACGGCCAACGGGGCUCGGCUGCUUGAAUGUCCCGGUGCCGACUCCGGCGUGGCUGCGGACAAACUGGCGACCCGGCUUCGCGAAAUCCUGCCGGACUCGCAAGUCGUGCGAAUCGAAAGGCCCGUCAGGAUGGCAGAGAUUAAAGUGACGGGCCUGGAUGAGUGCGCCACUAAGGUGGAAGUGGCCGCCGCUAUUGCAUCGCAGGGUAACUGCGCCCUCGCACAGGUGAAGGUGGGAGAGCUCCGGAGUUGUUACUCUGGGACCUUCACUGUGUGGGCGCGUUGCCCUGUGCAGGCUGCCAUCCUCUUGGCCACGCCUCCACAGGGUCGGCCUGCCGACUCGCCGGGAAAGCUGCGCGUGGGUUGGGUGAUAGCCCACGUGCAGCUGCAGGAGGCACGUCCAUGGCGAUGCCUCCGGUGCUUUGGCACCGGGCACGGCCUCGCCAGGUGCCCGUCGUCUGUGGAUCGCAGCGGACUUUGCUUUCGCUGCGGUCAGCCCGGACACAAGGCAGCCUCCUGCACCGCUGCCGCACCGCACUGCGUGUUGUGCGACGCAGUGAAGCGGCGGGCNUUAUUUUAA